AUGUCCUCCGGUGGUGCCUCUCUCACCCCACGCAAUCCCUCCGGCAGCUCCUCAAAGGUCAAUGGCAGCGGCAGUGGAGGUGAUAGGCCGAAAUCACACCGAAAGAGGAGUUCGAGUAUCGUAGUGGUACAGAAGAUUGAACAGAGUCAGGAGGAAUUGCUGGAUCAGGCGGCAGGAUUCAAUGCCAAUGCCGAUUGGGUCAAUCAUAAAGGUGCAUGGGUGAUUCACGUCGUCCUCAUACUCCUCGGCAAGAUCCUGCUGGACGUCGUGCCGGGCAUGAGACAGGAUGCCAGCUGGACCAUUGUCAAUCUGGGAUACAUCGCCAUCUCCUACCUCAUGUUCCACCACGUCACCGGCACCCCCUUUGAAUCCAAUGCAGGCGCCUACGACCAGCUCACCCUCUGGGAGCAAAUCGACGAAGGAGCCCAGUACACUCCCGCCAAGAAGUGGCUCACCUCGGUCCCCAUUGGCGUCUUUCUGAUCAGCACCCACUACACAAAGUACAACUUGGGACUCUUUGCACUCAACUUUGGUGCGACCUUCUUUGUACUCCUGCCCAAGCUACCUUUGCUCCAUCGGUUGAGAUUUAGGCUCUUUUCCAGUGGUGGACCUCCUGGCGGGAUUAGUGGGACGAAUUCACCGUACCCGAGCAGGCCGAAUACGCCUGCUGUGCCGUAUUAA